AUGAAGAUUACCCUUGCUGCAAUCCUGGUUGGCUGUGCGGCGUUUGUCGCCGCCAUCCCCGUCUCUUUGCAGGGCAAGUCUGUGUCCUUGACCAUGGAGCGCAGGGAACCUGCCAACUCUCAACUUCACAAGCGUGCAGGAUAUGAUGGCAAGAUUGUUGACAGCGCCAACUACAUCCUGGUGCUUUUCGAAGACGAUGCCGAUGCAAUUGAUCCAUACCAGGAUGAGGUUGAUGCCGUUCAGGAUCCGGCCGAUGUGCUUGGUUAG